UUAUACUGCAUUAAUUAAAAGAUAAUCUAUGUGGCACACAGUGGCGUCCAUUGACUUAUGUCUAUGGUGGUGUUAACACGGUUUCCGUAAAAUUGGGUGGAAAUACGUCAUUGCAGGAAGUCAAUAUUGUUCUAAUAUGGCGGCACCCAUGAGUAACGUGGAAGAAAUUCGGAAUCGAGUGAUUUUGGGCGAAUUUGGUGUCAGGAAUGUUCACACCACUGACUUUCCUGGUAAUUAUCCCGGUUAUGAUGAUACUUGGAACCUGAAGAAAUUUGAACAGAAUUUCAAAAUCGACAUAAUUCAGAUGGAUGAAAAUACCCUGGAGUUCGAUAUGGUGGGGAUAGAUGCUGCCAUAGCCAAUGCCUUUCGACGGAUAUUACUAGCUGAGGUGCCCACCAUGGCUGUGGAGAAGGUGUUCAUCUACAACAACACUUCAAUCAUUCAAGAUGAGAUUCUUGCCCACAGACUGGGGUUGAUUCCCAUUAAAGCUGAUCCACGCCUGUUUGAGUACCGAAAUGCAGGAGAUGAGGAAGGAACAGAAAUUGACACGAUUCAACUUCAGCUGAAGAUCAAGUGCACGAGAAACCCAAGGGCCACUAAAGACUCUUCAGAUCCCAGUGAACUGUAUCUAAACCAUAUGGUGUACUCCAAGGACAUGAAGUGGGUGCCUAUUGGUAAUCAAGCUGACGUUUUUGCAGACGCCAGCAUUGGUCCUGUCCACGACGAUAUCCUUCUGGCACAGUUGCGGCCAGGACAGGAGCUGGAUAUUGUCAUGCACUGUGUAAAGGGCAUUGGCAAAGAUCAUGCCAAGUUCUCCCCGGUGGCCACGGCCAGCUACCGGCUGCUCCCGGAGGUCACCCUGCUGGAGCCCGUCGAGGGAGAGAAGGCAGAGAGGCUGAAACGCUGUUUCUCCCCCGGUGUCAUGGAGGUGGAGGACUGUGGGGGGAAAAGGGUUGCCAAAGUCGUGAACAGCCGUUUGGAUACCUGCAGUCGUGAGGUCCUUCGGCAUGACGACCUCAAGAAUUUGGUGAAACUGGGAAGAGUCCGGGACCAUUUCAUCUUUUCAGUGGAGUCCACUGGGAUCCUGGCCCCUGAAGUCUUGGUCAGCGAAGCCAUCAAAGUCCUCAUGGCCAAGUGUCAGAAAUUUCUCAGUGAACUGGACUCUGCAGAGAUGGAGUGACAGGGCGGGAGCGCACAGCGUCUGUGCCUUUGACAUCAGAAAUGGUUGCCUGAAAUGGAGAGAACCCAAAAGACGAAGAACUGACUGGAUCGUUCAACAGUGUACCACCAUUUACAGUUUUUUUUUAAAUCCUGUAAUGUUUAUAUUCUCUGCCUGCCCCAUUAUCAUGGUGAAAUUAUGUCAAAUGUGUACAUAAUGUAUUUACAUUGGCCUACAUUUUCGUAGUUGCUAUUUUCCUUUAUUAAACGAGUAGAGAAUGUGGGUACUCUUAUCUCCAUCACUUUGUUUCUGAAACAGGGAAUAUAUACGUUUGGUUUGCUUAGCUGAACAAUAUUGCUAACCUACAAUUGUAAUGAAUUGUCACUUGAGGAUCCCUUUGGUAGUUUGAGAAAAUGGCAUGGACAAGACAAAGUACAUUGUACAUUUGAGUUUAUGCACUGUAUUAAACAAACUUUUCAAAUGGAAUAUGCAUACUAAUUUAAUGUUGAUGACCUCUUGUUUCAUUAUUAAGAUUAGUAGUCAUCAAUAAAUCAUUUGGGGUUUAAGUGA